UUGGCGUAGUUCAUCGUUAAGUGGGAGUCCGUGCGCGCUCGGUUGAAUGUGCGACUUUUUCGUAGUUGUUGCUGUUGUUGUUGUUGUGCUGCCGCUUUGUUCGUAUUGUUCGUCACGCGCGAAAGCUACUAGAAACGAUAAAAACGAUAUAUUCUACCGCGCGCUGUGAUCUAUGUUCGAAUCCGGUUGAAUGGAACGGACAUUGCAGGAGUGAGACUCGCAUGCUUGGCUACGCGCAUGUGCAGUUCGGUGUAACGGGGAACGUGAGGACAAUGCAAAUACUCUCCUGUGUAGUUUUGAUGUAUUGUUGUUUGGUACCUUCAAUUCCCUGUUGUUGUUAUGUUUGGUGGUCGUCAUUCUGUUGAUGUCUUGAAAAUAACUUGAAUCCAUUCUCAAUUAGACACGGUUCGCAUUUACCUUCGCGUAUUGUACGGUGCAGUGACAAGCAGUACGAAAUGCCCCGAGUAUCCAUGGAUAAUUGCAGCCUUUGGUGAAAUUAAUUGGAUAUUGAUGACACUUCGAAAAAAUACUCGACUAGAAUGAACAGGUCAUUGGAAAAAAAAUUAGCUUCGAAGCACGAAAGUGAAACUGGUUUUCGCAUGAAACCAACUGUGGAUUAACCGUGACCCUUCGAGUGUUCAGGGCUAUUCGGACGCUAGAAGAUCCGAGUUUUUCCAGCAACAAAUUGAUAAUUCUAUUAGCGUGAUCUUGGCUGAUGAACAACAACCGUUCCGAUCGGCAUUCCGACGAAACCUUUUGAAACGGUUCAGCUCCAUUGCAGACACUAAUUAGCGAGCGUUCGUGAACCGUCGAAGAUCUGAAACUCCCGCGGCUCUGAGCAGAUCUGAGCCAAUUAUCGUCAAUUGUUCGGUGAGAAACGAGAAAAAAAACAUCGUGCCUGUUUUGUGACUAAUUGCGCGCAAAUAAGGAAAGUGAAGAACUUCAACCGUACAUACUUGAGACGACGAUGAUAACGAUUCAUCAGGCACCACACUAACAUUAUCGAGACCAUCGAGUUCGGCCUAGGAAUUCGGUCCGGUUCGGUCAAAGUCAGUGCCACUAGUCACUGUCUGUAACUAAGUGCAAUCGGGUUUGUAAUAUGUGUGUAUGUGCGUGUGUAAGUGCAUGAGAUUGACUGUCCACCGCAAAGCCUACGCGGCAAAAGGACGAGGAUUAUAGUUGGCAAUUAGUUUUGCGUCAAGUGAUCAACCAAACAGUUAUUCAGGAUUUGCUGACGUUCGUACGCGAGCAUUUCAAGCCGGAUCCUCUUCUUCACAUUUCAUGCCCUCCUGCAAUCACAUCCGGAUUAACUAACAAACGCUGGUAACAAGAUACAGCCAACCGAGCCUCGCGUAACCAACCGAAGGUACGAGUGACCGCGCGAUCGAAGCAGCACAAGUUCCCGGGUGAGAGAGUACGCGUAAAACCGGUCCAAAAUUUACAACAUCGCACGGCUCGCCGAUCUAGAUCAGCCCGGUAGUCACCGACCAAUGGGCAUAUCGGAUGAGGGCAAGCUGCUAGGCACGGAGGACAUACCCCAUGAGGCACGGCCACCCCAGGGCAGUCCACUGGAGCGCUGCAGCAUCGGUAGGGGGGGGUCCAGCACACCAGGAGGCCUUCUGAUGAGCAGCCCGGGCCGGGACCCCAACAGUCCCCUGUCGGAUCAGCACAGCGACGAUGGGAACGACGACUACACACCAAAGAGAAAGCAGCGGAGAUACCGGACCACGUUCACGAGUUUUCAGCUGGAAGAACUGGAGAAGGCCUUCUCGAGAACCCACUAUCCGGAUGUGUUUACCAGGGAAGAGCUAGCAAUGAAAAUAGGGCUGACUGAAGCUCGAAUACAGGUCUGGUUCCAGAACAGAAGAGCCAAGUGGCGCAAGCAGGAAAAAGUUGGUCCCCAGGGGCAUCCUUACAAUCCGUACCUGGCUGCCGGGGCGCAGGUCCCGUCGGCAACCGUCGUGGCACCUUCGCUACCUCCCAAUCCGUUUACUCAUUUGGGUUUCAACCUAAGGAAACCGUUCGAUGCCGCAAGUUUGGCAGCGUUUCGCUAUCCGACGCUCGGAGGAGGUCACGUCCUACCGUCGGCGUACUUCAACCAGUUUCACAGAACACCGCCACCGCAUCUACUUCCACCGGGAGUCGGUGCACUGUACACCCCGUCGGCCUCGUUUCAAACCCUUCUGGCAAACAUUUCGGCAGCCCAGCGAGCACCGCCGGUAAUGCAAUCGAAACCAUCGCCACCGGGUGGUGUGACCGGUUCCGACUAUAUGACAACAGCCGGUCCUCCACCGUCGGCCAGCCUUCCGACACCGGCGUCACCACCGGUUUCACCCACCUCAGUGCCAGUUGUUUCUCCGCCGGUACCGUUGGGGGUAUCGCCGGGAUCAACUACGCCACCUCAGGAUCGACGUAGCUCUUCGAUUGCCGCCCUCCGACUGAAGGCCCGCGAACACGAACUGCGACUCGAAAUGCUACGCCAGAACGGGCACAGUGAUAUCUUAAGCUAAGGAUCGAUCUGCCUUCCAGUUGUUGUCCUAAGGUUCCUUAACAAACAUUUACUUUAAUGCCGUACUAGAACUGGAACAAAAAUCGUUAACACUGAACAAUUAAUUAAUUAGUAGCCACACCUAUUUCACUCACUUUUGCUGACUUUAGGUACGAUCGUACAUAGCCUUAGGACAGUGCCUUCUACAAUUUUGCAAUCUAUAAUACAAACAAACAAAAAAUAAACAACGCAAUACAAUGCAACAUCCUUUGCCUCCUUUGCCGGUGUUGUCCCGGUAUAUAAUUAACAACAAUCCACAAAAUCGCCAGCAGAUGCAGUGCUGCCAAGGCUACCAGAAAACCAACUUAAUUAAUCGAAACCGCAAGCACGCAUAUGUGACGAUCGUUUAGCUGAAGCUGAAAAAAAAAUACAAUCCUUACCCGGAGGGCACGGUUCACCUUUUUCAUUUCUCGGCUCAUUCCGUAGAUUUCUGCAGACCUGCGAGAGUAGCCAGUAGCAAUUUUCCGUCAGCAGUGCUGAAAUUAACUGGUGAUAUAAUUCCCGGAAUUGGAAUUGCCAUUCCAAUUUGUCAUUCGCGAGAUGCUGGUUCAUCAGCAGAGAAAAUGUGUCAUGAGGCGGGGGUCGUUGGAAUGUAGAAUUCGUUUCUAGGACAACGGCUUGAAAUGAGUGAUUCGGGGAACGCCGGCCCGACAUGCAAUGCUCUUUUGGUUGGUAGAAUUUAACGAUGCAACGGUUAGUGCAACUUCCAACUUUGAUUAUUUUAUAAUUUUUUUCCAGUUUUCUUGGUAAUUGUUUUCAUUUGAAUACGUCUUGCUUCACUAUAGAGCACCUGUUCAAAAUAUGCCCUGUAAUGGAAGAAGGGGUAGAACUUUAUCGUGAAAACCUCGAGUUGUACUAAACGAAACAAAAUAAUUCUUUCUCCAUGCCAGCAGGAAUAUGAUCAGCAAUUUAUAAUGAAACACAGUGUUAGAUGACUACAAAUAACUCAAAAAUUAAGUUUUCUCGAUUUUUUCUAAACAAUACGGAAAAAUCAUCACGUAGUCAGGUCGGAGACAUAUAAACCAUGGUCGAAAAUCGAUCAUUUUUUUCUCGUACUUCACACGGAACUGGACGCUCGUGCUCUCAUUCGCUUUUCGGACGUCGUGUCGUGCAGUUGCCUUCAACCAGCUGCAGCAACAACAGACUAUCAGUAAUCGCAUUCAACUUCUGAAUACUGGAUGUGGAUUCCAGGAACAUAAUUUUGGAUUGGACUCUGGAACAAAAUCCUUAAACUGAAUUUCCUGGAACUGAGUUCAAAACCUGAAUUCUAAACUUAAUUGCAGGUUCGGAACUUUGUUCACAGGUUCAGAAAUUGAAAACUACGACUCUGGAAUUGUAUCCUAAUUCUGGGACUGGUUUCUUGACUUGAUUUAGGAACUGAAUUUAAUUCCUUAAUUUUCAUUCGGAAUUUGAAUCCAAUAUUUCGAUUUAGGAUUUUAACUUCAGAAUUCUAGAACAAAAUUCAGGACAUAAAUAAAUCGUAAAGCUUGCUUCAGAUAGAAUUGGAACAAAGACAAUUGCCUGUAUUUCAGUUUUUUAUUAUUAAAUUCAAGAUCUUUUUUUAUGCAAAUGUAGCGUUUCCUUCAUACUUUUAAGAAAAAAUACGGAUAAAAUUAUUCGUCACUGUUUCGAUGGAAUUCUCGAUUUUUUUCCUGUAACACGGCUCAUUAGGCGGCGCACACCUUCUUCAUCCAUCGUUUUAGCUAUCUUUUUUCCACCAGGUCGUAAUCUGAUUGAUGUCUUUUACAGCCUUUCCCUUUGCCUUGAAUCUCCUUUUCAUGAUUGCCCAGUAUUUCUCAAUUGGGGUUGAACUGGGGGCAGUUGGGUGGGUUAAGGUUUUUCGGAACAAACUGGACCCCUUUUUCUGCAUCUCUUGAAACUUACUUCUGAACCAGAAUUUAAAUCCUCAAUUUACUUUCAUAACGUAAGGUGACCAUGGAAUCGAGCUACAUUUGCAAACAAAGAAACCUUCCGUUAUUUGCAAUGCUCUUGAUUUUAACAAAGUAUCAAACACAUUUUUUCUUCGCGUAGGGGUAAAUAUGUUCCGUGGAAUUACUACUACAAUUUGGUGACACUGUCAUUUGUCGUAUUGGUAUAUAUUUACGAUAAACUAUUAAUUCUGAAGAAAGAUUUGUGCAAAAAUUUUGCGGACCUUUAUUGGAAAUUUCUUCCUAGAAUGUUAUUAUUUUUCUCUCACUUCAAGAUUUUAACUGCUUUUUCUAAUUCUAUGGUAUAAAUAAGCUUUAUGAAACAAUAUUGAAUUGUUCUUCACUGAUAAACUAAUCCUCUGAUCUAAAAAUUUUAUUAGAAAACCUUUCGAUUUUAUUAGAAAACCUUUCGAUAACUCAUAAUUGAAAUUUUCCAAAAAUCUCCGAUAAACUGUUUGCCGUCCCUUAGUUUCAUUUCAAACAUUGCUUUCCAGUUCGUGCUCGCAUCUCAUCCGACACAGUCGCAAAUUGUUUACGGUCGCGACGACAGAAACAAAGACAAUACAGUGCAGUGAACAAUAGAGUGCACGAAAUGGGCAAAUACGAUUGAACAAAGCCUGAAACUUGGCCUACAAGACCAAAUUCAAUUUGUAUAGAUUUCAAGCGCUGCAAAGUUAGACCAGCAGCAAAUGAAAUUGAAAUCUUACUUAAAGAACGAAUGCAUCUAGACGCUAAUAAUGUAAGCGUCUGAAAUUCAAUUCAACAAGGCGUCUAACUGUGUGUACAAUAUGUUCAAACGUGAAAGAGAUGCAAUUGCAUUCGCUUCGGUUAACAACGAGGUGAAUAGUGUUGAUCAUGACAAUGUUAAAUAUAAAAUCCCUGUGUACAUGGUGGACAAUGCAAUAGAAGUACGCGUGCAUGACCUUCCCCCGCAAACCAGCGAUGGGUUUGUUCGGGAAAACAUGUCACAGUACGGUGAAGUUCUUUCCAUCGAAAGGGAAGUAUGGCGAAUUUUUUUUACCGGUAUCCGGAAUGGCGUGCGAGUGGUACGUAUGCAACUACGUAAGGCAAUUCCAUCUUACAUCGUUUGUGGUCAAGAUGGAAAACAUCCGUGUAAAACGCUGAUUACCUAUGAAAAUCAGCUGAUUACAUGUCAGUUUUGUAAACAACCUGUACACUACGGCAAACCUUGCACUGAAACUGCGAAAAGGAAAUCUUCAACCAAAGACAAAGUCAACCGUUCAACAACGGAAGCAAGUGAACGCAGUACUACUGUUUCGCCAUCAAACCAACCAGCAACUGCAACCAAUGUACAACAAGGCGCUUCUACAGUAACUAGCAACGAGAUCAAGACUGCGAAUAACAAGGAAAACGAAAGGAAGACGGAAAUCAACAAUACCACCGAUGCGUCAAUGGAUGACGAGAUAAGCCACGAAUAAAGUGCCCGUCAAUCCUCGCAUGAGGGAAACGGAAGCUCCUCUUCUCCUAGAAAAAGGGUGACAACGAGAUCGAAUACAAACAAAUUUUUUAUUUAAAAAAUCGGCUCAAUCGGCCACGUAAGGCUUGUACGCAAAUAGGUUUAAAUAAAAAUGUCUUUUAAAUAAAAACAUUGCUUUCCCUCCAAGUUAUUCGCAACUCUGUUCUCUUUUUUACCGUCGCAAAAAACAACAAACUUUUCAAAAUUCCUUGUCCAUGUAAGAAAAGGAAAGCGCUCAUUCGCGAAAAUCAAAAGAUAAAUAGAUAGAAUUCGUUGACAGAGAGUGUUCCGGAUGGUAAGUAUGUGCUGGAUUCAUCAGUUCAAGCAGUUGAAGAAUUGCCUGAAAUGCCGGUUCAAAACAAUUCUACGGAAUUUAGAAACUAUACUGCAUCCAUAAAUUUGGUAUGAAUAGGUAAAGUUCUGAAAUAUUUUCCUCAAUAUAUGAAUUUAAAGCUUCAAAAUUGUCCUGAUUUAUAGUAUUUUUCAUAGCAAAUAGUCGAUUUGUCAUCAAGCCCUCUCGUCCACUCACGAUGAGUUAGUCGACAAAAUUGAAAGUGUAGAAUUUGUUGUUUUGAGAUUUUUGAAGAAGGGAGCAAUUGCGGAAGUACUUUUUAUUCUGAUAUACUUCUUCGUAUCAGCAGCACAAAGCGAUACAAUCGGUACAGCAUCAACGAGCUCAAAUAAAGCGAUAUCUCUCAAAAACUAUGAAGACGAAAAAUCGCUAGCAGAGUGCAUGGAGGACAUCUUCAUAAAAGAUUGUGCUGGUACAUUUUCUAAAUAAUGAACAUCGAGUACAACUGGACAAUGUUUCCCCACGUAGUAAAGGCAAACAGUAAAUUAUCUACUUUGGCACAAUCAUAAUAUUCUUUUGGUCGCAUAAUGAUUGCAAAUUGUUAACUCCAGAAUGAAUAUGGAAACAGGGGAACGGAUAUAGCGUGAUGGAUAAGUCGAUGCCUUUCACGCAGCCCACCUGGGUUCGAUUCCCAACCCCGUACAUAGGAUCAGAAAACUUUCUGGUCCGAAGAGGUGAAUGACCACAAUGUUAAAACCUCUUUAAUGGAAACAAAAAAAAACAUGGAGAUAAGAUAAGUAAUCAUUGUUCUAAUGGGUGUUCUGUUGGCGUCCUGUUGAAACCUUACCUUACCUAGCUAUAAUCCUGGGGUGUCCUUUGCUGUAGCAUACGUCUCCACAUAACUCGGUCCAUGGCUGCUCGUCGCCAGCCACUCAAGUCACGGAUGCUUCUGAGAUUACCCUUCACUUGAUCGAUCCACCUUGCUCGCUGCGCUUCUCUUCUUCUUGUACCAGUCGGAUUAGAUUCAAGAACCAUUUUCACUGGGCUGUCGUCCGACAUACUUAUGACAUGCCCAGCCCAUCCUAACAGCUGUUGCAAUUCGUGAUUCAUACGCCGUCUUCCAUCUGCACUCCGCCAUAGAUGGUCCUCAGUACCUUUCUUUCGAAAACACUGAGGGCGCGUUGGUCCUCUGCCAACAUAGUCCAGGUCUAGUGGUCAAAGAGAAUAACCGGUCUAAUGAGCGUUUUGUAGCUGGUCAAUUUCGUGCGUUGGCGUACUUUUCUCGAUCGAAGGGUUUUUCUAAGCCCAAAGUACGCACGAUUUCCUGUCAAAACACGUCUCUGAAUUUUCACCUCGAUAUCGUCGCCGUCUAUCAAUAUUCGUGGUGGGAGGCGUAGUGUUGCUUGUCUAGAGCCUCUACAACUCAUGUAUUUUGUUUUUGACGCAUUUAUGGCCAGUCCGAUACGCCUAGCUUCAGCUUUCAGUCCAAUGUAUGUUUCCAUCAUCUUCUCAAGGUUACGUGUCACAAUAUCAAUAUCGUCGGCGAAGCCAAAAAGCUGUACGGACUUUCGGAAGAUCGCGUCGAUCCUCACUUUUCGAAUCACGGCUUCCAAAGCAAUAUUGAACAAGAUACAAGAGAGUUUAUUACCUUGCCGCAGCCCUCUCCGAGAUUCGAAGGGACUCGAGAGCGUCCCAGAUACUCGGACGUAGCACAUCACUCUAUCCAUCGUUGCUUUGAACAAUCGCGUCAGUUUAUCCGGAAAACCGUAUUCGUGCAUGAUCUGCCAUAGCUGUUCUCGAUCGAUUGUGUCGUAGGCCACUUUGAAGCCAAUGAGUAGGUGAUGCGUUGGUACGUUGUAUUCUUGUCUUAUCGCGAAUAUGUGGUUUCUGAACAACAAUUUCGAUCUGGAUCAACACUUUGAAUAAGGAUUCUAAUCCUCGAUCGUGGAAUAUUACUCGGAACCUGGACUGACUGAGCUGACAUACUUGUCAUGUGGUGACUGAAACGUAUGCAGGCUUGAAUGAUCGAAACAAAUCAAUGUUUAACGUUUUUUAUCCAUCCAGUUGGCUACGUAUGAAUAAAGUAUCGCUCACUACAUAAAAAUCCGUCGUCUGUGAUGCUCAUUGAUGCCAAACGUUGAGGAAAACCUUAAGUUUGAGUUAUUUGUGGUUAUCUUGAAGCACAGAAAAAGUUAUUCACAAUCACCAACGUAUCACUCUUUCAAAAGGCAAAUUUUGAAAAGACAUCCCAUAACGAGGGGAAAUUACGUAAAAAUUGCAAGAGAUUUAAGUCUCUCUAAUUGCUUCCACAUUACGUUAGUUUCAACUCCAUUUGCAAAUGACUGUCGGAAUCCUCCAUUUUACGAACUGCCCGAAUCGAAGAACACGACUGUUUCAUUCAACUCUCACCAAGAGCAAAUUCAGCAGCUAGAAGUUCUAUAUGGAAGAUCUAUAAUAGAGCAGAAACUGGAACAAACGUAUCCCCAACAAGCCGUUCUAGUUUUAUUUAUUCGACUAGUUCUUCUGUCAAAUUUAAAACUGGUCAACGAUGCCGUUCUUUUUUUUUUGUAUAUUUGAAACACGAGUAAAACACUGCUGGGGCUGCCAGUUUUUCUUGUUAUAAAAUUCAGAUUUAAAUUUUGUAACUGACAUAAAUUAUGCAUCUAGAACUAGAACACUCCUGAACAUGCCCUAAUAAGCUGACUUGUAACCACGUUGUUCAGGUUUUUCUAGUUUUCCGGCCUACCGCGAUUGCAAUGCAACUUAGCGCAUUGUUCAGAACAUUUUCAAAUUUUCAUGUCCGGCUAGAUAAAAUCAUGCUACGCUUCUUCUUUUUGAUUGCAAUAAACAAUCAAUGCAUUAUUCAUAACUACUACCUAUUUUUUUCAUUGCACAUGUAUCGUUCGGAUCUUAAAAUGCAUACGUUGUUCUUUUAACACUCCGAAUACCAAGGGGGUAAAAAGUUACGCGGACUACCAAGGGUACCAUGAAACGUGGAAACGCUAAUUUUGACUGACUAUAUCUAAGCCCUUUUUGGACCGAUUUCAAAACUUUUUUUCACCAUUGGAAAGAUAAAUUCAUUUGGAAUAAACCCCAUUUAAAACGAUGGAAAACCGAAAAUUCUAUUCAAAGUUAUUAUAAAAAGUUUCAAUUAAAGUCAGUUGAAAAAAAGUGGGAACGCUUACUUUGGCUGGCCAUAUCUCAGCAGUUAGAAGUCCGAUUUUGAAAAUUGGUUUAUCAUUAGAUAGAAACGUCUAUCACAACAUAAAUGGAACAGAAAAUUUUUCUAUUGCACUUUAUUAAUGAAAGUUAUGAUCAAAAAGGUAAUCAAAAGUCCAAGCAAAAAUUAUCGAAAACUUCGUAUUUUCGACAUAUCUUUAAAUUCAAAGCGACAUUAUAUGCAUUUUUAUAUACCAAUAGAUUGCAUUUGAUAUAUGUUAUAUGUUUUAGAAGAAAUCAAUUUCAACUUAACUGAAAAUGUUUUAAAAAAAUGCGAUAUUUUCACAGAAUUUCUAGAAUAUUAGAAGUAUUCAAAGAAUGCUAAAUACAGCUAAGCAUUUUUGUACACUAAUCGAUUGAAUUUGAUUCCAGCUGGAAUGUACGGCAAAAAAUAGUUUCAAAUUUACUAAAGAAAAUCCAAAAAUUAGAUAUUUCAUAGAAAUUUUUCAAAUUAAAAUCAAAUUAAACCUGUUUGACACUUAGCAUGAAAUUCAUAUCGAACAUUUAGGCAUUGUUGAUCACCAACCGAUUGAAUAAUGCUUCAAUUGAAAUUUUUAACAGGAAAUUCUACCAUAUUUACUAAAAAUCUCAAGAAAUUUUGUACUUUUACAGAAAUUUUUGAAUCUUAGAGUUUUUUGUGACUCAGCUAAGCACGCAUUCAAGAAUGUUCGUGUACCAACCGACUAAAUUUACUUUCAGCUAAAAUUUCAAAAAUUUAUGUUUUAUGUUUACCACAAAUCUAAAAAAAAUCGAUACUUUCAUAGAAGUUUUUAAAAUUGAAGAAAUUGUAGAAGUUUUUGCUUACCAACUCAAUGAACUUAGCAACGUGUAAAAUUUUAGAAGUAAAAGCUUAUAUUUACUUCAAAAUCUCAAAAAAUCAAUAUUUUCGUGUAAGUUUUCGAAUUUAAUAUAUUGGGAAAUGUAAAACAAACAUUUCAUUUCUUUAAUGUAGAUUGAAUUUGGCAAUAUCUGAAAAAUCAUUUGUCCCAAAACCAGCCUGUUUGACUUCGUAAUUGUUUUGGCUGUUUCUCAUUAGGAUAUUUUCGAUCAUUUUGCAGUCUCGAAGCGCUUCACAUACGUGUGAUACUCAUUUCGAUAAACGACUGCUUUCUUCCAAGUAUCGAACAACAUUUAGGGAAGUAGGAAACUGCAUCGUAGCAGAUCGAUUAUUUGAUGAUUCUCAAGCAAAAACUCAAAAAAAAAACAAAAGUGUUAUUUAGGUAUAGUGUACUUUUUGUCUGAAAUUGAUCUGCUAACUGACAACGGCAGUUCUUUUUAAACUGCUAGAGCGCUGAUGUCUCGAAGACAAAAUACGAAGAAAAUGUUUUUCAUUGUAUUGUAUCUAAAAAAAGCUUCAAAUUUUUUACAACGCUUUCGAUAAAAAAACGUAUUUCACCUGUUUAUGAUUUUGCCACUAUCGUGCCAAACUUUUCAAUUUUCCUGGAUUUUGCUUUCAAACUUCACGGCAGCCCUAUAAUUCGAAAGGCUCGAGUAACAGUCAAAAUACCUGAUUAAAUGAUUCGCUUUCUGUUUUCGUAUGUCUCUUAAAUAUGAGUAUUUUUGCUAACGACCUGAUCUGUUUAAUCGUUUCACCGUAACCAUCAUCGUCAUAAUCAUCGGUGGCACCUUCCUUCGAGACUGAGAGAGGAGAAAGGUAUUUAGUUAAGUUUCGGCUACCGGUUUUCGUCUGCUAAAUUGACUGUGGGUUCCUUCUCAGCCGCACUUUGCCAACUUUCUUCCUUUCGCAACGACACCUUUUAGUCAGAAACAGGUAAUUUUAGUAAUUCUCAUAUUAGCCGAAAAAAAUUGUUUUUUUUUUCAUUCACCUUUCCUGGAGUCCGUAUUUGUCUGGGGCAAUUGCCGAACACCCCAUCAAACAUCGGUCCUAAUCUCAAGCAAACUGCUUAUUAAACGUCCGAGUUGAAAAGAGGAUCCAAGAUGCGAGGAGAUGUGCUAUCAUCUUCUAAAUAAAUUGAAAAGCCGAAAGCCCGUCGGCAAAAUGUGAUACGGCUACUGCGUUGCCGUGGCACAUCAACGGAUACCGUGACGACCGGGGCCACGGCCAAACACUGCAAAUCGAUGUCGGAACGAAUUAGAUUAAUUCAGGUUUUUUUUUUCUCUCGUGUGUAUGCUUAUUUUGCACCUAAUUCAUAUAGUUAGUAGCAGCAAACGUCCAGCCUGAUGUGGCUAAUGGCGGGUUUCUGGAGAACACACUAAAUAACUGCCGCCAUGGUAGCAGGCUUCCAAUUUGCACAAAUUCUGUUGUUCCACACCACGGCCGAGGUUACCGAGCCUGAUUACCGGGGAGGUACGGCGACGAUUUCAUGAGGCGAAAGGUUGAUUAAUUAAUCGUUGGUGGGAGCACUGCGCUGCCGGUUUGGGGAGAACUAGUAGAAUUACGAACUUGAACACAGCUUUGCAGGAGCUUAUAAUCAGAAACAAAAGUUUGUUGCCUUAUAUAAAUAGUGAAGAAAUGAUACAUAUCAAAAUACACUCAAAGGAGAACUUAUUUUAUAUUACAAGCAAUUCGUGUACAAUAAUUCCUCGUUGAGCAGCAGGGAAUUCAGUCGAUCGGUAGCUGUUAAAAUGUACAAAAUGACUCAAAAAAUCUGUUUUUGUCUUGGUAGAGUAUUUAUUCGUAAGGAUUUAAUAUAUUUCGAAAAUUACAGAAUUGAUUGAUAUUAUAAAAUUAGACGAAAUUCCACACAACAUCUGUAACAUAGCGCAACAAACAAACAGUAUACAAAUCUUAAUUUAGCAUACUUUCUUUUUUUAAGUGGUACGUACUUGAAUACUUUAGUAGAUGAAGUUAUUGUAAUGAUAGAAGCAAUGCAUACAAAGAAAUGAGCUUGUUUUAUAAUUUAUAAACAAAAUUUCACCGGUUGUAAAUUGCUGAAAAUAAACAUAAUAUAAUAA